AAUGGCGCAGAUAGCAGAGUUGAAGAAGCGACGACUGCAAGAUUACGGCUUUCAUCUCGAGUAUCGGACAAGAUGNNGAGCGACAAUGACAUGUACGACCACAUGAAUAACAGCGUGUAUUACUUCCUGUACGUCUUUCUGACCUGCAAAGCCGGACUUUGUUGGAAAAUGCUCACAUCUUGUCCUUCGCAGNNCUUCGACAGCAUUGUCAAUACAUACCUCAUGACGCAUUGCAAGCUAGAUCCGCCAACGUCACCUCUGAUCGGAUUGGUAGUACACUCGCAUUGCGAUUACUUGGCUCCAGUAGGCUUUCCUGCGCUAAUUGAUCUCGGGUUACGAGUCAAAAAGCUAGGAAAGAGCAGUGUUACCUACGAGAUUGGCGUAUUCGAACGCGGUGUUGAGGAAGUGAAGGCUGUUGGCGAGUUUGUGCAUGUGUUUGUAGAUCGGGAAAGUAGGAGACCGAGAGCGGAAGGCAUGACUGUUACUAUGAAGGAGCAAUUGGGGUCAUUAGUAGAUAGUAAGGCCAAGCUAUGA